AUGGCGAAAAGCGCCGCCAAACAACUCUCAACCCGCAACACCGCCCGCCUCAACCAAACCCACCUCAUCACAGCCGCCCUGCACACCAUCUUCCUCCUCUCCCGCUUCACCUUCCGCCGCAGCCUCUCCCUGACACGCUACACCCUCUUCUGCCUCCCCGCCACCCUGAUCGAAGCAUACCUGCACAUCCUUGCCACCCCAUCCUACGAUCCCGAGGGCAAGAUCCGCUCCGCGGGCUCGGACCUCAACGAGAAAGGCCUGACGGAGUUUAUGUGGGAUGUGCUGUACUGGACGUGGAUCAAUAUGGUGCUGGUAGUUUUGGUGGGGAAUUGGGGCUGGUGGGCGUAUUUGGUCGUGCCGGGGUAUGCAGCGUAUGCUAUUGUGCCGACUGUGGGUGGGAUCAAGGGGAUGUUGAGUGGGAUGGGUGGAGGUGGUGUGGAGGGAGGUGCGGCUGGUCAGAGUAAACGGCAGCAGAAGAUGGAGAAGAGGGGUGGGCAACGGGUGGCUUAUAGGUGA